AUGGACUCCGAGGAUGACCCCCUGCUGCAGGAUGUGUGGCUAGAAGAGGAACAGCAGGAGGAGGAGACUUCAGGGGAGGCCUGCAGAGGUGUUGCUGGGCCAGGGUUACCCUCAGGAGCACAGGGCUGCUGGCGACGAUGGACACUGCCCUCCCGGCCCCCAGCCUCAGGGUUCUGGAGCAUCCUGGGCUGGGCCUUCACCAACCCCUGCUGUGCAGGCCUGGUGCUGUUCCUUGGUUGCAGCAUCCCCAUGGUGCUGUCCGCCUUCAUGUUUCUCUACUACCCGCCCUUGGACAUUGACAUCUCCUACAAUGCCUUCGAAAUCCGCAACCAUGAAGCAUCACAGCGCUUCGAUGCUCUGGCCUUGGCCCUCAAGUCCCAGUUUGGAUCUUGGGGGCGCAACAGGCGGGACUUGGCGGACUUCACCUCCGAAACGCUGCAGCGCCUCAUCUCAGAGCAGCUGCAGCAGCUGCACCUGGGGAAUCAUUCACGACCCUCAUCCCGGACCCCUCGCUCAGCUCCGAGGGUCACCCCUGCCACUCAGAGAUCAGCAUCCAGUCCGAGUGAGCGACGUCGACGCCAGGCUCCAUCCCCGGGGGACCAGGCAGCCAACCAGAGCAGAGCCCGUCGGGGUGCCUCACGUUGGGAUUACUCGCGCACUUAUGUGAGCGCCAACACACAGACGCACGCGCACUGGCGCAUUGAGCUCAUCUUCCUGGCUCGGGGAGAUGCAGAGCGCAACAUCUUCACGAGCGAGCGCCUGGUCACUAUCCACGAGAUCGAGCGAAAGAUCAUGGACCAUCCGGGCUUUCGGGAGUUCUGCUGGAAGCCGCAUGAGGUGCUCAAGGACCUGCCUCUCGGCUCCUAUUCCUACUGCUCCCCACCCAGCUCGCUCAUGACUUACUUCUUUCCCACUGAGAGGGGAGGCAAGAUCUACUACGACGGCAUGGGCCAGGACCUGGCGGAUAUUCGGGGCUCCCUAGAGCUGGCCAUGACUCACCCCGAGUUCUACUGGUACGUGGAUGAAGGCCUCUCUGUGGAUAAUCUGAAGAGCUCCCUCCUGCGCAGCGAGAUCUUGUUUGGAGCACCGCUCCCCAACUACUACUCAGUAGACGAUCGCUGGGAGGAACAGAGGGCCAAGUUUCAGAGCUUUGUGGUCACCUACGUGGCCAUGCUGGCCAAGCAGUCUACUAGCAAAGUCCAGGUCCUCUAUGGGGGGACAGACCUCUUUGACUAUGAGGUGCGAAGGACCUUCAACAACGACAUGCUCCUCGCCUUCAUCAGCAGUAGCUGCAUCGCUGCCCUUGUCUACAUCCUCACCUCCUGCUCAGUCUUCCUGUCCUUCUUCGGCAUCGCCAGCAUCGGUAUCAGCUGCCUGGUGGCACUGUUCCUCUACCACGUGGUCUUUGGCAUCCAGUACCUGGGCAUCCUCAAUGGAGUGGCUGCCUUUGUGAUCGUGGGCAUUGGUGUGGAUGAUGUCUUUGUGUUCAUCAACACCUACCGCCAGGCCACCCACCUGGAAGACCCCCAAGUGAGGAUGAUCCACACCAUCCAGACGGCAGGCAAGGCCACCUUCUUCACCUCGCUGACCACUGCCGCUGCCUACGCAGCCAACGUCUUCUCCCAGAUCCCAGCUGUGCAUGACUUCGGCUUGUUCAUGUCUCUCAUUGUGACCUGCUGCUGGCUGGCUGUGCUGUUCACCAUGCCUGCCGCCCUGGGCCUCUGGAGCCUCUACAUGGCACCCCUGGAGAGCUCCUGCCAGAGCAGCUGCCACCAGAAGUGCAGCCGCAAGAGCUCCUUGCAUUUCCCUGGGGACCUGUUUGCAGCUCCAGAGCGGGCUGGAGGCGGCCCUGCCCACGGCCCCCUACCCUACCUGGACGAUGACAUCCCCUUGCUGAAUGUCGAGGAUGAGCCAGUGUCCCUAGAGCUGGGAGACGUAUCGCUGAUAUCUGUGCCCCGAGAGGGUCUGCAACCUGCCUCCGAUGGGAACAGCAGGAGUCAGCUCCUUGCCCAGCUGCAAGAGCUGUUGCACCACUGGGUUUUAUGGGCAGCUGUCAAGAGCCGCUGGGUGAUUGUAGGGCUCUUCGCCUCCAUCCUCAUCCUGUCCCUGGUGUUCGCCAGCCGGCUACGCCCUGCCAGCCGGGCCCCACUGCUCUUCCGGCCUGACACCAACAUCCAGGUGCUGCUGGACCUCAAGUACAACCUGAGUGCCGAGGGCAUAUCCUGCAUCACCUGCUCAGGUCUGUUCCAGGAGAAACCCCACAGCCUGCAGAGCAAUGUCAGGACAUCCCUGGAGAAGAAGAAGCGAGGUUCUGGGGCUUCCUGGGCCAGCCGGCCUGAGGCCACUGCGCAGGAGUCCAUGAGCACCGUGUACAUCUCCAAAGUGAAGAGCAAAGGCCGUCCAGCUGUCUACAGGCUUUCCCUCAAUGCCAGCAUACCAGCCCCCUGGCAAGCCGUGUCCCCUGGAGAUGGAGAGGUGCCAUCCUUCCAGGUGUAUAGAGCGCCUUUUGGUGACUUCACCAAGAAGCUGACCGCUUGUAUGUCUACAGUAGGGCUGCUCCAGGCGGCGAGCCCCUCCCGCAAGUGGAUGGUGACGGCCUUGGCCUGUGAUGCCAAGCGGGGCUGGAAGUUUGACUUCAGCUUUUACGUGGCCACCAAGGAGCAACAGCAUACCCGGAAGCUCUACUUCGCCCAGUCUCACAGGCCCCCCUUCCACGGGCGCCUGUGUGUGGCGCCACCUGGGUGUUUGCUCAGCUCCAGCCCCGACGGGCCCACCAAAGGCUUCUUCUACGUGCCUAGUGACAAAGUACCCAAGGCCCGCAUCUCUGCCACCUUCGGCUUCAACCCUUGUGUGAACACAGGCUGUGGGAAGCCGGCAGUGAGGCCACUGGUAGACACCGGGGCCAUGGUCUUCGUGGUCUUUGGUAUCAUUGGCAUCAACCGCACCCAGCAGAUGGACAACCACGUUAUCGGGGACCCGGGCAGCGUCAUCUAUGACAGCAGCUUCGACCUCUUCAAAGAAAUCGGACACCUGUGUCGCCUCUGCAAAGCCAUCGCGGGAAACUCGGAGCUGGUGAAACCUGGCGGGGCCCAGUGCUUGCCCUCAGGGUACAGCAUCUCCUCCUUCCUGCAGAUGUUGCACCCCGAGUGCAAGGAGCUGCCUGAGCCCAACCUGCUGCCAGGGCAGCUAUCCCACGGGGCAGUGGGUGUCAAGGAGGGUCGUGUGCAGUGGAUCUCUAUGGCCUUUGAGUCGACCACGUACAAGGGCAAGUCCUCCUUCCAGACCUACUCGGACUACCUGCGAUGGGAGAGCUUUCUAAGGCAGCAGCUGCAGACCUUCCCCGAGGGCUCGGCCCUUCGCCGGGGCUUCCAGACCUGCGAGCACUGGAAGCAAAUCUUCAUGGAGAUCAUAGGGGUACAGAGCGCCCUGUAUGGCCUGGUCCUCUCGCUGCUCAUCUGCGUGGCCGCGGUGGCUGUGUUUACCACCCAUGUCCUCCUUCUGCUGCCUGUGCUCCUGAGCAUCCUGGGCAUCGUCUGCCUCGUGGUAACCAUCAUGUAUUGGAGUGGCUGGGAGAUGGGUGCCGUGGAGGCUAUCUCCCUGUCCAUCCUGGUUGGCUCCUCUGUGGAUUACUGUGUCCAUCUGGUAGAAGGCUACCUCCUGGCUGGGGAGAACCUACCUCCACACCAGGCUGAGGACGCCCGCUCUCAGCGCCAGUGGAGGACUUUGGAGGCCGUUCGGCAUGUGGGCGUGGCCAUCGUGUCCAGUGCCCUCACCACCGUCAUUGCUACCGUCCCGCUCUUCUUUUGCAUUAUCGCCCCAUUUGCCAAGUUCGGGAAGAUCGUGGCGCUCAACACGGGCGUGUCCAUCCUCUACACGCUCACCGUCAGCACUGCCCUGCUGGGCAUCAUGGCCCCCGGCUCCUUCACCCGGACCAGAACUUCCUUCCUCAAGGCUCUGGGUGCCGUGCUGCUGGCAGGAGCCUUAGGGCUGGGUGCCUGUCUUGUGCUCCUGCGUAGUGGCUACAAGAUCCCCCUGCCCAGUGGCACUACGCUAUAGCCCUUUGUUUGGGUCCUGACUGAGGCAUCUCAUCC